GAGACGCAUGUGAGGUUUCCGGGUCCAUGUGACAAAUCAGGUAGGUUUCAGCAAGAGGAGGAGGAGGAGGAGGAGGAGGAGGAGAGUCAGAGAACAAGGAGGAGGCAAAUGCAAUUUGUGUUGCAUGUGGCCUGUGUUCCAUCGACCAGCCCAUUUUACAGCCGCAACCCCCUCCGUUUGCUUCCCCCAUGUCAGCAUGGCUGGAGGCUCAGUGUCGGAGUGUAAGGAGUAUUUAUUCAAAGUGCUGGUCAUCGGAGAGCUGGGCGUCGGGAAGACCAGCAUCAUCAAGCGGUACGUGCACCAGCUGUUCUCGCAGCACUACAGAGCCACGAUCGGCGUCGACUUCGCACUCAAAGUGAUCAACUGGGACAGCAAAACCCUGGUCCGCCUCCAGCUGUGGGACAUUGCGGGUCAAGAACGAUUUGGGAACAUGACGCGGGUGUACUACAAGGAGGCCGUAGGGGCGUUUGUGGUGUUUGACGUGACGAGGGUCUCCACAUUUGAAGCCGUCUCCAAGUGGAAGCACGACCUGGACAGUAAGGUGAAGCUGGCCAAUGGCAGCCCCAUCCCUUCUGUGCUGCUGGCCAAUAAAUGUGACCAAAAGAAAGACAACUCCAACAACACAACCCUAAUGGACAAUUUCUGCAAGGAGACUGGUUUCUUGGGCUGGUUUGAAACCUCGGCCAAGGACAACAUCAACGUGGACGAGGCGGCACGUUUCCUGGUGGAGAACAUCUUGGCUAACGACAAAGGUCUGUUGUACGAGGAGAGCAACGGAGAUCGGGUCAAACUGGAGCAAGAGACUGUGGUGGCCGAGAGCAAGUCGGGCUGCUGCUAACACUCGGUCUGUUCACAGUAGCCACCAGCUUCUGUCUGACAGGGUCCACUGCCGGUUCUCAACCUGUGGCCCUCGGGUCUCUCUAUUCCAGCCUCUCAGAAGGAGUAGGGAAUUCUGGGUCAUAGCAGCUCACAGAACUUCUCCUCUCUGCUCCACUGCCUGUUUCACCCUCACUCCUCUGUAUCUCUCUCUAGGGCAGAGCAGCGACCAAUUUUAUUGAAUUUUGGUCAAUGCCUUUUUUUUGCUGUUCUAAUAGAAUCUUCAUUGUUGUUUUUGUGACCUUACACUAUCCCUCGAUUGUGCGUCACAUCACCUGUUAGUGCUCUUCAUGCCCUCUGGAUCCCUGCAUUGUAGCAGUCUCUAUGCUACUGAAUCAAAACAAAACACUCGAGCCAGUCUGAAGCCUUUCAGCGGUAAUAACAGAGGCAAUGCUGCCACUUAAUCACUUACCUACAUUUACAUCUGCGCAAAAAUAGCACCACAACAAUAACACUGCCUUUCAUAUUUUAAUCCAAAGUCUGGGCUACAUUUUUUUACUGACACAGAUGAACAUAAAAGUAUUAAGUUGAAAACAUUAUCUCAGUGUUCACCAAGGCAACAUCUAGAUGUUGAGUCAUUCAUUAUACACAGACGUCACAUGUUGACGAUCAUGUUUGGACGGUCUAUGUUCAGUGUUCCGAUGCCAAGGACGGUCUUUUAUCAUGACGACAACAUGUGGAAUAAAUAAGCGUUUUAACAGGUUCGUGUAGUGUUCUAGUGUUAGACUGUCUGAUCCCUGUGUAAUUUAUUUUAUAACAAUGCAGCCUGUCUCCAAUUAUACAGUUGUUCUUGAAACCGGCAAAUAUAUAAAAACAAAAACAAAAAAAACUCAGUUGAACUGGAUUAUUUCAUGCACAUCAUGUACAGUAAGGGUUCGUUCCUGUGUUUGGGUCCAACUAGAAGGACUUGGUUUAAAAAGUGCCUGUAAAAUGAUGACAAUCCACCUGGAAAGUUGGCAUUACAACAGAAAGGCUGACAUUGUUGUUAUUGUAAAAUGACAUUGUUUUGUUUCGUUUUUUUGUGUUUUUUUUUUUUAGGUAAUGUGGUCAAUCAAAAAUAAAGUAUAUACAGUAUUACUGUCCAAUGGCCUUAGUGAGGCUCCUACAUCAGUUUGAUUUGUACUUCCACUACCCCAUUGUUAACAGCGCAGAUUAAUAACAAAACAAAAACUAGAGAAUGACAAUAAUGAGGGAAUUUGUCUUCAUUUCAUUUCAUCUUUUUUUUUGUUUGUUUUGUCAAUGUAUGGGAAAUAACUAGUGUGUGUGAAAAACAUGUAUGAAAAAAAAGGGUAUUUCAGAGUAACAUUACAACAAAGGUCACUGGAUACAGUUCUACAUGUAAGAGUUGAAAACCAUGUCUGCUGGAGAGAGAGAUCCUCGUGACUCCACUUUAGGGAACAGUGUGUGAUAGUCAUCAGAGACUUCACUCUCCUACAGUACUCUGCACCACACCCUUCACUGUCUUCACUGAAGCACUGAUGCAAAAGCAGGAAGUCUUCUUGACCCCUCAUGGUCAUGAACGGUAACAUCUAGAUAAAUUCUUCAGUAUUUUUCUCUUCCAUUUGCUCCAUUGUAUAAAAUCCAGUGUCCACACAGGAAUAAUCUCUUACUCUUUCUUCUGCGCUGUUGUUUGAUGGUCACGUGAUUAUGUUCUUGUGAUCUCUUCUGUCAGACUACACAGGGUUGUGUGCAUUCCUAGCUUAUACUUCCUGGAAAUUCACAGAGAGAAAUGCUAAAUAGAAAUAUCAAAGACACAUUCUCUAUCAAAGACUUGAAAGAUCCAGGGCAAAAUUAAUGUACAAAAUACAUCAAUACAAAACAAAAACACAACAUGUAACUGCAUGUCUAACAGUGAUGCACAGCUUCUACCAGCAAGCGUAUAUGGAGUUUGUGACACUAAUAGCAGCACUACAGUGAGUACCUGCAAAUCAAUGGGCGUCAGUGUUGUACACUUUCUUGUUUUAUUUUAUUUUAUUUUAUUUUUUUUACACCAAAUGGUGUUACAAUCCUGCUUUUCUGAGGGUCACAUGUUCAUCACAUGGUUCUACAUAAUGCAGUUAAAUACGGUUCAUGCAAUUUCAUGAAAGGUAUUUGUGACCCAAUUUUUGCAGUGAUAAAGCAUUUUCACAUGAUACAGAGUGGUUGGGGACAAAAUUAUUGGCUCUAAAAUAAAAUAUUCACUCAUGUA